AUGUCUUCAGCCCCAAGAGCGCCCGUCAUCCCGAAAGUCGAGUGGAAUCGACUUCGUGAACCCAUUGAACGACGAUACAUGGGCGAGAAAAUGAGUCUUCAAGACUUGAUGGAGGACAUGAAACGUCAGUAUCAAUUUCACGCAACGGACAAACAAUACAAACGACAAUUAGCUCAAUGGGGUAUACGCAAGAAUAUUCCCGCAGAGGCCAUGGAAGUGAUACUUAACGGAUCGUGCAACAAAGCUCGAAUUGUGGAAAUCCAGAGCCGGUACACUGUGACCAACAGAAAGAUCCAGAGAUUCCGCCACAGGCAAGGUCAAAAGAUAGCACCUCAUGGCACGAUUACUUCUGAUAGUGCUUCAACAUCGUGGGAGGCAUCUACGAGGAACAAUCCUAGGAUAGAAAAUAUCACAGAGACAUCCUCAAACGACAACCAUAUCUGGCACGCAGAUGAAAUCUCAGACGUACAACUUUCCUUACCACUCGACCGUGAACCUCUUUUUUUCGUCAGAAUUAUGUUUGACGAAACCCUCACCCACAUCAAACAGGCAAUGCAAAUGAUGCUUGACACUGAACUGCGGGACUGGUAUUGGAAGGAGGAUAGUGGAGAGGCGCGGAUGCAUCCUUCAUCUGUCCCAAAUCUGGACACUUCUCGGGCCGCCUCAACCGACCGUAGUUUACCUGACGAGCCGCCUGGUUAUCUGCGCGAAUCUCCCGGUUUCAAUCGUUCUGGAGAGUAUAGUCGACGAAGUAUAGCCAAAGACAAAGGGUGCGGUAAAGUCCGGCUCCACAAUCUUGCCUUCCCCUUCAGGAAUGAAUGA